CUGGCGGCCGGCCCGGCGGUGCAGGGCGCGCGGCGGGAGGCGCGGUGCGGUGCGGGGAGCCCCGGAGGCCCCCAGCCGAGCGCGCCUGGGGCGGGCGCGGGGGCGGCGUCGCUCCCCCCAGCCCGGUCACAUGGUGACCCGCGGCAGCCAAUGCAGUGGACGCUAGGACCCUGCGGGCCCGGGCGCCUGGCCGCCCCGCGCCGCCGCGUUAUAAAUACUUCCCCAAAAUGCGGCGCAGCUCCCCGCGCGUCCCGCCGCCCGUCGCCGCCCCGCGCCCCUGAGCCGCCGCCGCCGCCGCCGCCGCCGGUCCGAGGGCGCCGCGCCCUUGCCCUGGGCCCGCGCCCUGCCCGCCCGGCCGCGUCCCCGCGCUGCGCCGCCCGCCGGGUGCAUGCAUUGUGGGCCUCCCGACAUGGUCUGCGAGACGAAGAUCGUGGCCGCCGACGACCAUGAGGCGCUGCCGGGGGCCAAGAAGGACGCGCUGCUGGCCGCGGCCGGCGCCAUGUGGCCCCCGCUGCCCGCCGCGCCCCCGCCUGCGCCCGGCCCGCAGCCCCGCGGCUUGGGUGGCGACGCGGGGGCCGCGGGGGGCGCGGGGGCCGCGGGGGGCGCGGGCCCGGCCCGGGAGCGCGGGGUGUAUAUCCGCGAGUUCCGCGCGGCCGAGCAGGAUGCGGCGCGCCGCAUCUUCUACGACGGCAUCAUGGAGCGCAUCCCCAACACGGCCUUCCGCGGCCUGCGCCAGCACCCGCGCACGCAGCUGCUCUACGCCCUGCUGGCCGUGCUCUGCUUCGCCCUGACCCGCUCGCUGCUGCUGACGAGCCUGGUGCCGCCGCUGCUGCUAGGCCUGCGCUACUACUACAGCCGCAAGGUGAUCCUGGCCUACCUGGACUGCGCGCUGCACACCGACAUGGCCGACAUUGAGCAGUGCUACAUGAAGCCCCCGGGGUCCUGCUUCUGGGUGGCCGUGCUGGAUGGCAACGUGGUGGGCAUCGUGGCAGCGCGGGCGCACGAGGCAGACAACACGGUGGAGCUGCUCCGCAUGUCGGUGGACUCGCGUUUCCGGGGCAAGGGCAUCGCCAAGGCGCUGGGCCGCAAGGUGCUGGAAUUUGCCCUGCUGCACCACUACUCGGCCGUGGUCCUGGGCACCACGGCUGUCAAGGUCGCCGCCCACAAGCUCUACGAGUCUCUGGGCUUCAGACACAUGGGCUCGAGUGACCACUACGUGCUGCCCGGCAUGACCCUCUCGCUGGCUGAGCGCCUCUUCUUCCAGGUCCGCUACCACCGCUACCGCCUGCAGCUGCGCGAGGAGUGAGCCGCCGCUCGCCCGCCUGCCCGAGCUGCAGACGCUCAGCCACGCGCCGGGCUGGCAUUUUCCUCUCCAGCAUCGCGCGGUUCUGGCUGGUUCUCAGUGUGCAGGGCUGCUGUUGCUCAUCUGGGACACUUGGGGGCGGGGGGUGGUGUGCAGCCGUGGCUCUCCCGCCCAGCCAGCUGGGGCCUCACCUGGAGAGGGGAAGCUGGGACCUGUGUGGCCUGGCCUCCAGCCUGCCAUCGCCAACGGGAAGGCCCCUGGGUGCCCGCCCCAGCACGGAGCCUGGUCUGGGGGCGGCGGGGCAGCUGUGCGGGCCAGGCUGCUUUGCUCUGUGCAUGCCGAGGACCGGCUGGGCUGCAGCAUGCCGCAUGCCCACAGCCUCCCAGACUCGGCCGGGCCUGGCUGCCCUAUGCAGGCGCCUGCUGCCACCCCCUCGGCUUGGCUUUGACUUCGUCACCUUUCUUCCCUUUGGCCCCCGCCUGCCUGGUCCUCACCCAGAGGCGGUUCCCAUAGCAGCCAGUUAGCAGCCAGGGCACCAGGGGAGCCGGGAGGGCAGAGGUGGGCCGCCUCCCAGCACCCGGGCUGCGCGGCUGCCCCUCGAAGCUCAUUAGCCCAGGCGGCUGCCACCACGAGCCCACGGCUUCUCCUCGCCUGCGGCCGACCCUUUCCCUAGGUCACUUAGACAGAAUAGCGUUCUGCAUGCCUUUAACUCUCGGACAAGAUGGCGAGGGAGUGUGGCACAUGCGUGUGCCCGAGAGCCUGCGUGGUUUCUGGCCGAGUGCAGGGUGGGUGGCCGGGUGGGCGGAGGAUUUCCGAGUGGAAUCGGGAGGGGACCCUGAUCCAGCCCCAGCCCAUGGGGGCUCUGGCCACCCUUGCCCCUCCUGGCUCUGACAUGCAGCCUCCCGGGAGAGGGGCAUCUCCGUCCACCUGGGCUGUUGGCACCGUGGGGGCAAGGGUCUGGGGAGGCACCUGGGUGUGCCUGUGUGCCCUGGACCCAGCCUGUGGGAGGAGGGGCCAGCACGGUGACCCCUGGAGCUGGCACCCACAGUGGGAGGGGGUAGCUCUUCUUCCAGGGCGCUUCGGGGGUGGGCACCCGGAAUGCAGCGUGAGGAGGCGGCUGGCGGGCUCCUGCCCUGUACAGACCCCCCUGUACAUUUCCCUGGUGGCGCCCGGCCCCCGGCUGGGGUUUUGUAGACUGUACAGAAAUCCUAUUUUCUUGCAGCUCUCAGAUUUUGUUAAUCUGGAUUAUACAGACAGACGUAAAGUGUUUUAGCAAAAUGGAAAACAGA